GCUGAGGCGGGUCCUGGCGGGGUCCUGACGUGACAUUGAUUUGGCCGCCAUGUCGCAGCAGCAGCAACAGCCCCGCGUCCCUCCGGCCGCUGCCAACCCGGGCUUGAUUGGCUUCCUCCGCCACCAAAUCAAGCAUCGGCCCAGCUUGAUGCCGCUUUUCUUCAUUAUGGGGACUGCAGUGGCCGGGGCGGGACUCUACCUGAUGCGCCUGGCUUUUUUCUGUCCGGAAGUAAGAUGGGACAAGAAGAAUAACCCGGAACCGUGGAACAACCUCGAUCCCACUCACCGUUACAAGUUUUUCGCCAUUAAUAUGGACUACAGCAAGUUGAAGAAAGACCGUCCGGAUUUCUGAGAACGAGGUGGAGGGGGGUUUUUUUGGGGACCGUCCUCGGGAUAAGCCGUCGACGAAGGUCUUUGGGUCUUCCGGAAGCUGACCGCACAACUUGUACACUUACUUCGUAAUCCUGGAAACCAAAUCUUUGUGGUACAUCGCGCUUAAAAAAAACCAAUGAUGAUGUUUUGGAGACGUGCAUGCUUAAAAUUAAUAAAUGAUCGACUUGAAAACCUAAUGGGCGUUGGGUCCGUUUGGAUUUCU